GUCGUUUCUGGGUCGGGCAAUCGAAACGGCGUCGUUAGGUUAUUGUCAUUGACGUUCGUUCAUGAAACCCAAACCAAAACCCUAAGGUGGUUAAUUAGGGUUUUACCUCAUGUGGCGCGGAGGCAGAGCUGUUUCCAGCUGCCUCCGCCGGUUCUCGACGGCGGUGCGGCGGCGCUCGGAGGACGAAGGUGACUGGCUAUACUCGUCGGAGUGGUGGGGCUCGGCCUCCGUCAACGGUGACACCGUUCUCCGAUCAACAUCCGGCAAGGGAAACGGCGUUGUUUCAGUCGUUGCUCAUCCCUCCUCAAGACCCAGUAGAAUGCAUUGGUCAACAAUGGAAAGAUGGCUGCAGCAGAGGUGUGAGGAGGUGCAUCCUGGAUAUGGUGAUGGAGGGAAUCUGAGGGUGCUUGGAUAUCAAUGGCGGGUGCUUCGUUUCAAUGAUGUUACUCGCCAGAGCACAGCAAAAGUAAUGGCUGCUUACCGCGAAAACAAGCCGGAUUGUGUCUAUCUUAUGCAGCAACCUCAUUGCUUGGCUGUUCCAUAUGUGAAGAGUAUGGUAUCGGCUGGGUUGGCUACGAUAGCCUCAUGUAAUUUUGAUAUUAUCAGUGCAGUGCAAGGAAAGAAAAGUAUGCACAUUUUAUGCAUUGGGCAUGGUGGGGGAAGUUUACCACUGUUUUUGGCAAGUAAAAUCCAAGGUGCCAUUGUCCAUAUAGUUGAAAUUGAUCCCCUUGUUAUCUCAGCCUCAAUUCGUGCUAUGGGGUUCCCGGCUUUCACUCUCAUGACCCAAUCAGGUGACCACGCCGUUGCAAAACCUGAUAUCAUUAAUGAAAUUAUGUGGAAAGGCAUCCAUGAGAGGAUACACCUUUAUGAAGCAGAUGCUGAGAAAUUUAUUAUUAAUAAUACCAAUCUGUAUGAUAUGAUCUUUAUUGAUGCCUAUGAUGGUGAUGACAUAUUUCCCCACAAGUUAUGGAAUCAAGAUUGUCCAUUCCUUAGAGCCCUUAGUAGUCGACUUCAUCCCAAACAUGGCACUGUUGUGGUGAACCUGCAUUCUGACUCUGAUAUCUUGAACCAUGAUGGAUCUGUUCCCUCUGUGCUUGAGCAAGUUUUGCCAAUGGGAAAGUAUGUGUCUCAAGUUUGCCGGGCAUACAAAGAUGUGCUUGUAGGAACUGGAAGCUCUUGUGAAGAAAAAGGAGUUUCUGGCCUUGCUUAUACUGUUGCAGUUCCUUGGGUCUGUAAUACUUCCCUGAUUGUGUGUAGAGGUUUUGGUAUAGAUAGUGAGUAUAUUAACCAGGACUUGGUUAUUAACACACUCAUUUCCAAAUCCCUUGAAGUGGAACAUGUUAUGGAUUUGCCAUUCUCAUGUUUAGAAUACAUAAAAAGAGGUUUUAUUCUUGUUGAUUAAUUUGUUUAUCACGAUGACAAUGGUCAUCAGC